AUGACCACAAAGCCCCACGCCGUGCUGGUGCCGUUUCCGGCGCAAGGCCACCUGAGCCCAUUCCUCCAGCUAGCCAAGCUCCUCCACUCCCGCGGAUUCCACAUCACCUACGUCAACAACGAGUUCAAUCACAACCGCCUCCUCCAAUCCAAGGGCGAGGACUUCGUCAACGGGCUGCCCGAUUUCAAGUUCGUGUCUUUCCCCGACGGUCUCCCUCCCUCCGACGAAGAUGCGACCCAGAGCCUUGACGGGCUCAGCAGCGCGGCCCGGAAGACGAUGUUGGGCCCGUUUAGGGAGCUGGUGGCGAAGCUCAACGCUUCCCCUGACUCGCCGCCGGUGAGCUGCAUCAUCCCCGAUGGGUUCAUGUGCUUCGGCCUCAAAGCCGCCGAGGAGUUGGGGAUUCUCGGCGUCCCCUUUUGGACCGCUUCCGCUUGUGGGUUCAAGUCCUAUUUCCACUACGUGGAACUCAUUGAGAAAGGACUGAUUCCUCACAAAAGUGAGACAUUCGAGACUGACGGCACACUAGAGACGCCAAUCGACUGGAUGCCAGGGCUAAGAGACAUGCGACUAUACGACCUCCCUUACUCCACACGCACCACCUCGCCGGACGAGAUCCUGCUCAACUGCCUCCGCGACGAGACGCAGGAGUGCGUCAGGGCGGCGGCCAUCAUCAUGAACACGUUCCACGACUUCGAGCAGGAGGUCCUGGACGCAAUCAAGGCCAUCAACCCAAACGUCUACUGCAUCGGCCCGCUGAACCUCCUCGAAGCCCGCGUCCCGGCCGACGACACCUCGAGAGACUUGACCGUCAGCCUGUGGAAGGAAGACCCGAGGUGCUUCGAGUGGCUCGACAAGCAGAAGCCGGGGUCCGUCGUCUACGUCAACUACGGCAGCAUCGCCAAGAUGUCGGAGGGGCAGUUCCGGGAAUUCGCCUGGGGGCUAGCCACUUGCGGGCAUCCGUUUAUAUGGGUCGUCAGGACUGACGUCAUGAGGGCGAACGCUGCCGUUUUGACGGAGGACUAUUAUAAGGAGAUUGAGGACAGGGCGUUGAUUGUGACUUGGUGCCAGCAGGAGCAAGUGCUGGCUCAUGAAGGCGUGGGGCUGUUUUUCACUCACGCCGGCUGGAACUCGACGCUGGAGACGGUGAUCGCUGGGAAGCCGGUGAUCUGCUGGCCGUUUAUCGCGGAGCAGUCGACGAAUUCGAGGUACUUGUGUAAGGUUUGGGAUGUGGGUGUGGAGGCUAGCCAUCAUGUUACGAGGGGGGAGAUUGUGGAGCUGAUUAAGGAGAUGUUGGAGAGUGAGAGGGGGAAGGAGAGGCACAGCAAGGCUUUGGAGUGGAAGGAAAAGGCCGUGGCUGCGGCGGAAGUUGGUGGGUCGUCGUACAAGGACUUUGAUCGUUUGAUUGCUGAGGUUUUUCACCAUUAA